GGGACGGGCGCCGGCCAUGGAGCGCACAGCAGGCAAAGAGCUGGCCCUGGCACCGCUGCAGGACUGGGGUGAAGAGACCGAGGACGGCGCGGUGUACAGUGUCUCCCUGCGGCGGCAGAGCAGUCAGCGCUGGAGCCCGGCGCAGGGCCCCGGGGGCAGCCAGGCCCCCAGCCCCAUCGUCAAUACCUUCCUCCACUAUCGAACCAGCAAGGUGCGGGUGCUGAGGGCGGCGCGCCUGGAGCGGCUGGUGGGAGAGUUGGUGUCUGGAGACCGUGAGCAGGACCCCAGCUUUGUGCCCGCCUUCCUGGCCACCUACCGGACCUUUGUACCCACUGCCCGCCUGCUGGGCUUUCUGCUGCCACCAACGCCGCCGCCCCCACCUCCCGGGCUAGAGAUCAAGAAGACGGCGGUACAAGAUCUGAGCUUCAACAAGAACCUGAGGGCUGUGGUGUCAGUGCUGGGCUCCUGGCUGCAGGACCACCCUCAGGAUUUCCGAGACCCCCCUGCCCACUCGGACCUGGGCAGUGUCCGAACCUUUCUGGGCUGGGCAGCCCCAGGGGGUGCUGAGGCUCGAAAAGCAGAGAAGCUUCUGGAAGAGUUUUUGGAGGAGGCUGAGCGAGAGCAGGAAGAGGAGCUGCCUCAGGUGUGGACAGGACCUCCCAGGGUUGCCCAAACUUCUGACCCAGACUCUUCAGAGGCCUGCGCUGAGGAAGAGGAAGGGCUCAUGCCUCGAGGUCCCCAGCUCCUGGACUUCAGCGUGGACGAGGUGGCCGAGCAGCUGACCCUCUUGGACUUGGUGAGGAUCCCAGACUGGGUCGGGAUGAGCCACAGUGAGGGGACAGGUUCUGCUAAGCACCAAUCCCACGCCCCUCCCCUGGCCCAGGAGCUCUUCUCCAAGGUGAGGCCCUACGAGUGCCUGGGCUCCGUGUGGUCGCAGAGGGACCGGCCGGGGGCUGCAGGCGCCUCCCCCACUGUGCGCGCCACCGUGGCCCAGUUCAACACAGUGACCGGCUGUGUGCUGGGUUCCGUGCUCGGAGCACCGGGCUUGGCCGCCCCGCAGAGGGCGCAGCGGCUGGAGAAGUGGAUCCGCAUCGCCCAGUGCUGCCGAGAACUGCGGAACUUCUCCUCCUUGCGCGCCAUCCUGUCCGCCCUGCAAUCUAACCCCAUCUACCGGCUCAAGCGCAGCUGGGGGGCCGUGAGCCGGGAACCGCUAUCUACUUUCAGGAAACUUUCGCAGAUUUUCUCCGAUGAGAACAACCACUUCAGCAGCAGAGAGAUUCUUUUCCAGGAGGAGGCCACUGAGGGAUCCCAAGAAAAGGACAACACCCCAGGCAGCCUGCCCUCAAAACCACCCCCAGGCCCUGUCCCCUACCUUGGCACCUUCCUCACGGACCUGGUUAUGCUGGACACAGCCCUGCCGGAUAUGUUGGAGGGGGAUCUCAUUAACUUUGAGAAGAGGAGGAAGGAGUGGGAGAUCCUGGCCCGCAUCCAGCAGCUGCAGAGGCGCUGUCAGAGCUACACCCUGAGCCCCCACCCGCCCAUCCUGGCUGCCUUGCAUGCCCAGCGCCAGCUCACCGAGGAGGAGAGCUACCGGCUCUCCCGGGUCAUUGAGCCACCAGCUGCCUCCUGCCCCAGCUCCCCACGCAUCCGACGGCGGAUCAGCCUCACCAAGUGUCUCAGAAGCUUUCCCGAGAGAAAAGCUCAUCGCCUAGUGGGAGUCCCGGGGACCCCUCAUCCCCCACCUCCAGUGUGUCCCCAGGGUCACCCCCCUCAAGUCCUAGAAGCAGAGAUGCUCCUGCUGGCAGUCCCCCGGCCUCUCCAGGGCCCCAGGGCCCCAGCACCAAGCCCUCAGCAUCUGCAGAUGGGCCAAGCUGUAGCAUCCACCCCUUACUGCCUGCAGCUGCCCCUGAGCCCGGACCUGCCCAGCCCCCAGCCCUUCGCUUUGCCUCUGGGCAGCCCUCGAAUCCCACUCCAGGCGCAGCAGAGCUCAGAGGCCCGCGUCAUCCGCAUCAGCAUCAACAAUGAUCACGGGAACCUGUAUCGAAGCAUCUUGCUGACCAGUCAGGACAAAGCCCCCAGCGUGGUCCAGCGAGCCUUGCGGAAGCACAAUGUGCCCCAGCCCUGGGCCCGUGACUAUCAGCUCUUUCAAGUCCUUCCUGGGGACAGGGAGCUCCUGAUUCCUGACAAUGCCAACGUCUUCUAUGCCAUGAGUCCAGUCGCCCCCAGAGACUUCAUGCUGCGGCGGAAAGAGGGGACCCGGAACACUCUGUCUGUCUCCCCAACCUGAGGCAGCUCUGUCCUCUCCACAAGACACAAGUCCCAUGAGCAAGCUUGCAACUCCUCUCCUGGAAAACUGCCAUCCCCCAGUAGAGGCCACUGUGCUGUGUAUCCCAGGACCACCACCCAACUGUAGCCCAUUGGACCCCAUCUCUUUUUCUGACCCUGUUGGUACUAGAUCCAUAUUCCAAAGACAUCAGCCCAUGGUGGUGGAGAGCUCAAUCCCAUAAAUGUAGAAAGGGGUGGGGCCUGGGUAUGUCAAAUCCUUCCCCAGAGAAAUCUUAUAAAUGUUGGAGACGCAUCAGAAGUGACAGAUGCGGAUGAAAAUAGUGACCAGAGUUAUGAAACAGGUGUCAGUCUUGUUUAUUUUGU